CAAUGCUCGCGGAAUUCCAACAGCUUACAUCUUGGUUAACAAUAAAAUAGUUUGGCAAGGGCAUCCAAUGGCUGAAGAUUUUGCGACCGAAUUGCAGAAUGCCGUUUCUCAGGUAGAGUCAGUGGUUGAAAAGGUUGCUCUUCCACCUAUUACUGAAUCUUUUGAUGAACUUAUGCAAAAACCAGUUAAAGACCUGAAGACUAUUUUAAAUGAUCGUGGAAUUUCUAGUGCUGGGUGUUUGGAGAAACAAGAAUUUGCAAA